ACAUGGCAGCGCCCGUUGCUAACGGUGUGUCUGUGGAGGAAAAUGUUACAGAAAUUCACCAGACGCCGCCUGAACAAACAAACGAAGACCAGAAGAGAAAACAGUUUGGAACUCGCUUUCUAACAGACCCUCGUCAGGUGUUCCAGCAUAAUGCAUGGGAUAACGUUGAGUGGUCAGAUGAGCAAGAGGCAGCUGCACGGAGGAAAGUCCUGGAGAACAACCAGCCCAUCCCGGCUGACAAACAAGAGGAGUAUGACAACCAUGCAGACAAGUACUGGAAUGACUUCUACACUAUCCACGAGAAUCGGUUCUUUAAAGAUCGCCACUGGCUCUUUACGGAAUUUCCUGAGCUAGCCCCAAAGAGUAGCUCCAACCAGACAGUUCAGGAAGGGGACGAACACCCUGACCAGGAGAAAGGCGUGGAAGACAUCUCCCACCAGAAUGGGGACUACCCUGAGGCACCUGGCACAUAUCGCAUUAUGGAAGUGGGCUGUGGUGUGGGGAACACCGUCUUUCCCAUCCUAAAGACCAACAAUGACCCGGGACUCUUUGUUUACUGCUGUGAUUUCUCCAGCACAGCAGUGGAGCUGGUAAAGUCAAACCCAGAGUAUGACUCUGCUCGCUGCCACGCCUUCGUUCAUGACCUGAGUGAUGAGUCAGCCCAGUUCCCAAUGCAAGAGGGGAGUUUAGACGUCAUUAUACUCAUCUUUGUCUUGUCUGCUCUGCAUCCCGACAAGAUGCAGGCAUCGAUAAGUGGGCUUGCUCGGUUGUUGAAGCCUGGUGGGAUGUUGCUGCUAAGAGACUAUGGCCGAUAUGACCUGGCCCAGCUACGCUUCAAGAAAGGGAGGUGUUUGUCUGAAAACUUCUAUGUUAGAGGAGAUGGCACACGAGUGUAUUUCUUUACUCAAGAUGAGCUCCACAACUUAUUCUGUGAUGCCGGACUGCAGAAGGUGCAGAACUUGGUAGACCGGCGACUGCAGGUGAACCGUGGCAAGCAGCUGACCAUGUACAGAGUCUGGGUUCAGUGCAAGUACCAGAAGCCCCAAUCAGACCAUGAGGACUCGAAGCCAAGGACAUUUCAGAAGGAUCAGUGUGAAAGCUAGGGACAGUUUCAACCUGGACCUGUGCUCUCCAGUGAAUGUGAGAGGUUUGCAUGCCAAGACCAUCUGAUGUUUAGAUAUGUGAAAAGUCCAGCAUUCAACCUGAAGAGGAUCUUUUGUAGCUUUUGGCCAAAGGGUGAGGCUGGUUGUAACAGACUUGAUUAAGUGUUUUUCAGUCACCAGCGUGAUUUGAGGUGUAUUAUGUGAUUAAGGGGAGCAACACACAACAAGCCACAGGGCAAUCUAUUGUAGGAAGACGCAAAGCCAACAACGGUCACAAGCAUCUGUUUCAGAUUUCUUUCAGGUCUUUUAAGGAAAUAUGCACAGUGCUGAGAAUAUCAAUGCAUUUUGAGUCUGUUUUAACAAUUACUUAAAUAUUUUAGAGACUGAUCGUUAUUAUCAAUAUAUUACAAGACACCCAGCCCUUCCAGUGCUCUUGAAAUACCCUUGAUCAAUCUGCACCUUUUACCCCUGAUCAAUACAUAUGUUAUUGGAGAAAGGGGAAAUUGGAUGUAUGCUGAGACAGGCAACCUCAUUUAGCAGCAUGGAGAGAUCUGGACUCUUGAGUCCUACCAUUCAGCUGUUUACAUUUCACAAGUUACUGUCACUUUUAAUCAUAUUUGACUUUGAAGAAAUUCCUUUGUAUCUUUGCAAUUAAAAUGAACCAUUGUGACUUA